AUGGCCUUCAACUUCGAUAGCGGUCAAUUCUUCAGAGAAUCAACACCGAAACGGUUGGGAAAUUGGCAGGUCCCGCGAUGGUCGCCAACACGCGCUCGACCAUUAGAAUAUCGGCCAGACCCAAAACCAAUAUGUGAUCUCAACGGACAUUUCCUACCUGGUGCUCCUAGAGGAUCGUCUCGAUGUUUCGGUCACUACACUGGAACUUGGGAUCUUCCAAAGAAAAUAACUCGUCAAGUAGCCCAGGAACUAGCGAAAGAGCCGCCAGAUGGAAGAUUUCCAGAUUGGUUGAAUCUUCGUGUCCAAAGACCUAAAGCGAUAACUUCGGAACGCAUGCGCGGUGGAAAACGCGCCAAAGCUAAGAAAGUAGAGGCAGCGGUUGAAUCACAGUCACAGCAGACGUUCCAAGAAACUAUAAAUAAUUCUAUUAAGGAUCAAAAACAAUCUGAGACUGAAGAAUUGCAAAAUAAUCAAGAUCAAAAUAGCGAAGGAUACAAGGAUGAUGAUCCUUUGGAUUUAAAAGUAAAGAAAGAACCUGUAGAUGCAGACGGCCGUAGUCCUUACAUUCCAGGUGCGUUGACCGACCCUGAUAAAAGACACGAAAAUAGUUAUAUUUUAGUAAAAGACGCUGUAGAAAAGUUGCACGGUCCACAGGAGGAAGAUACAGAUACAUUUUGGAGAAAAGUAGCUGAAAAUGCAAAGAAAAAUGACCAGAUUCGUAAACAGAAUAUGAGAGACACGAGAACUAGUGGAACACCGAAAUUACCUUACGUAAAUGUCGCUCAUAACUUUCAGUUUGCCAAAAAAAUGCACGUCGGAAAUCUGGAGCAUCAGCCUUUACCCGAUACUUUAGGAUACCGGAAUAUGACAAAGAUUGCAGAACAUCGUGAUUCAGAUAUCAUUGUAAAACCGUAUGCUAUCGGCUGGAAAGGUUACGGCGCAUCUGGUCCGACGUGUUGCACGAAGAUGCGCGUUCACCGACCAAAAACUUGUGACCCAAAAAAAUCUGAUGGUGAUAAAGACAAUACUCACAGGCCUGUUACGUCUGCUCCAGAUUUAGGUGGUCAAUGUAAGAAGCCCAUGAGCCUGAUGGACCUGGCAAUUUGUUGGGACUUUAGACCAGACGAUCCUAAAAUUGAACCUAAAACCACCGAAACAUAUUGA